AUGGAGUCCUCGGUGGCCCAGGUGAAGGUCAACUUCACGACGACGCAUGAUGACCUCCAGCUCGACGAGAGCAAGAGGCAACUCAUCGUUCCAGCAGACAUCAAACGAUAUGGCCUGUCCAGGAUAUUGAACUCGGAGUCGAUGCUCAACACCUCGUCCCCGGUACCCCUCGACUUCCUCGUCAACGGAACCUUCCUCCGCACGACCCUCGAAGAAUACCUUCAGUCCAACGGCCUCUCCCUCGAAUCCACAAUCACUCUGCAGUACGUCCGCUCCCUGCUGCCCCCCGUCUACGAGGCCUCCUUCGAGCACGACGACUGGGUCUCCGCCGUCGACAUCCUCUCCGCCACCUCCCCCGCCGGCAUCUGGUCCGCCGCCGCCCUCCCUCAGGGCCAGGACCGCAUCCUCUCCGCCUCCUACGACGGCCUCGUUCGCGUCUGGGACGGCUCCGGCCAGUGCCUCGCCACCUCCGCCUCCGCUCGCGCCGGAGGCCACUCCAAGCUCCUCACCGGCGCAAAGUUCCUCUCCUCGACCCAGAUCGCCUCCGUCGGCCUCGACCAGAAGGUCCUCGUCUGGAAGUACACCGAGUCCGCAGACCGCUUCUCCGGCGAGCUCAAGCCCACCCUCGAACUCCACGGCCACAAGAAGAUGAUCAACUCCCUCGCCGUCCACGGCCCCUCCAAGCGCAUCCUCACCGCCUCCGCCGACGGCCGCGUCGGCCUCUGGGCCGCCUCCAAGAAGGACUCCCCCGAGCUCGACGCUGAGGACGUCCCCGCCAAGCGCGCAAAGACCUCCUCCGGCUCCUCCGUCUCCGUCCCCCAGCGCGGCGCCAAGGCCCUCAUCAACGCCCACGACGGCGCCUCCGCCACCGCCGUCGCCUUCCACCCGACAGACCCCACCGUCGCCUACUCGGCCUCGACGGACCACACCCUCCGCACCCUCGACCUCACAAACGGCGCCGUCGUCUCCACCCUCACCACCAUGCACCCCCUCCUCUGCCUCGCCCCGAUGCCCGCCUCCUCCCUCGUCGCCGCCGGCUCCGCCGCCCGCCACGUCACCCUCCUCGACCCCCGCGCCAACGCCAACGCCACCUCCGUCCUCACCCUCCGCGGCCACGCCAACAUGGUCUCCGCCCUCGCCCCCUCCCCGGACAACGAGCACAGCCUGGCCUCCGCCUCCCACGACGGCACCGUCAAGAUCUGGGACCUGCGCAGCGUCAGGCCCGCCACCAAGGACGAGGGCGGCGGCAGCGUCAGCGAGGCCGUCUACACCAUCGCCAGGGAGUCCCUCAAGGGCAAGAAGGUGCCCAUGGGCGGCGAGGGCGCCAAGGUGUUCGGUCUGGCGUGGGACAAGACGUGGGGUAUCGUCAGCGGUGGUGAGGACAAGAAGGUGCAGAUCAACAGGGGGAGGGAUCUCGUCUCCUCGUGA